UUUCGAAGCAGAAAAAUUGAGAUAUCUCGGUGGGAAAAAAUCGUAGCUCAGUUUAAGAGACGGAUUUUUGUUCCUGAGGCCGGAACACAUUAAAAGACCGUCAUACGAUCGAUUUUCAAAAUACUUCAAUUUUUUAUUUAGGGUUGUCUAUGGUAUUCCCAUGUAUUUUGAUCUCUGGAAUCCAAAUGUUGGGCGAAUCGGAGGAUACAUUUUGUUUAGGGUAAUACGAAAAAUUGAGACUUCUAUCAUGACGCCUGACGCACGUUCUCCGAGGUCAGCUUCUCGAUAUUCUCAUGUCGGAGAUAAAAUGAGAGUUUAGAAGUGGAACGAAAAAGUGAGAGUAAUUCUGAGGCUGUAACCCAUACCGGGCCGAGCGACGGUUGCCGAGCGUAUCGGUGAUCUCGAUAUUCUUGCGUAUAAUAACGGAUCUGCCGAUACUCUCGGUUCUGAAAAUAAAGGAGAAGGAACCGAAAAACCGGAUAUCUGAGUAAACAUCAAGUGCGUCAAAAGAUAUCGACUAGACUCGAGGAUUCCGCUCGUCUGCAUAGCGGGCGUCCGCUGCUUUCGGAGUCGUCGGAAUCCCUGCGCCAUCACGAGAGCAGCUGCUAGACGAGGUUCUCGAGGAAGGCGAGGUAUCAACGUUGUGACUGCGAUUGCGCGGAAUACGGGUGAUACCGUAGACCCGACGAAACCACGGACGAGAGAGAGUUCCCCGUUCUGGUCAUCCUCGUCGGGAAUACGACGCGCGGCAAGUCUUUCGCUCGUCGUGCAUCCGCGUCGCUUUGUGUCGAGUGCAUUCCUUUUCUCGAUCCUCCGCAUUCUCGCAUCCCGGAAAUCCCCCUUCCCCCUUCCCCGUUCAGUGCGUGGGCCGAUUUUUCGUUCGCAUAUGUUACCAUUUUUCGCGAUUCACCGCGAAUGACUCCGCGUCUCUCUUCCAAAUUCUCUCAAUCAGCUCGCUCGCUAUGAAUGAAAACCUCUGAUAAGGAGCUUCGUGCGACACCGCCGACGAUAAACAGCUGGUCGAACGGUUGUGUUGUGCGACGGACGAGUGUACGGAGUCUACGAAACCGUCGCGACCUUCCACCGCUACAAUAACAACACCCGCGUGCGGAGGUGAGAUAAACACAUCGGCAAGGCCACGCUCGCGGUUGCCAGAGAGACGCCGAUUUAUGUUCCGGAUAUCGAGGACCCCGUACCGAUAACUAACAGAGAGGAAGAGGCGUUAUGUCGAUUUUCAUCAAUUGUUUGAGGAAAAUGACCAGGGGAUCGAACGAGAAGGAGGUACUCAAGGGCUACAAAGUCACGAACGUUGAUCGCACGAGGAGGUUCGGGGUGGCUUGUCGGGAUCUCCAAGAAUUGAAACGCAAGGGUUGCGCCAAGCUCAACAUCCCAAAAGAGGAACAAGAAUACGUCACGGUCUGCCUAGCGGACGGUUCUCUUAUCGACGACGAAUAUUUUUUGACCUUAGAACCGCAGACUAUCCUAAUUCUUCAAAAAAAAGGGGAAAAACUUCUGUCAGAUGCCGACAUACUCUACAAUACUCUGCGCCGGGUCAAUUUGGAGUUCAUUACGACCGGGGACGCCGUAUCGAAGUUUCUAUCCGCAAAUCUAAAGUCGAAAAUCGCCACCCUUAACAGGGCCCUCCAGAGGGACGACUCGAAAACUUUACUCAGUACGCGGAACGAGCAUCCGGAAUGGUUCGCGAAUCUCGACACUACUGCGAACACCAAGGAGGCUUACAUGCACCGCAGAUGCCAGGACAGGUUUCGCGGCUACCUCUACAAAACGAUCGAUCAAAUCAAAAAUUCGGACGUAUAUGCAAAGAACGAGAAAGCCCGACGUCACCUCACUCACGCGAUCGCAUUCUUCAAGCUCAAAUUGAAGCAGGAUCAUUGCCUGGGUUUUUACUUCGACCGGAGCUACGCAAAGGGCGACAACGGCGGCAAACCAGAGCGAUCGAACGCCAUCAACGAAGGCCAGGACGAAUCCGAUGACCCGAAUUCUUUCAUCUGUCGCUACGAUCAUUGUCCUUGCAGAAUCGAUCUCGUCGGCGUUUCGAGGUUCAAUAAAAACAUCGAUGAUAUUCUGUCGGAGUUUUUCAGUCCGACCGACGAAGAAACGAAGUUCGGCGAAGAAACCGACGACGACGAGACGGACGCGAGGACGAUGCACUCCCCUGCCAAGAAACUCAAGGACAACGACGAGGCGCGAGACGAUGCUCUUUGUCCUUAUAAAAUCGAAAAGAUCGACGAUCGGUCGAUGACCGCUCUUUGUGACGCUAACGGGGAGUUCAAAUGUGCGGGUGUUUGGAACGCGGAACGUUGCGGUUACUCCGGAAUGCACUGUAUCAAUCCUUACAGAUCUUACGAAGAAUUGAUUCUCUUCUCGACCUGGAACUUCGAUCACAGGAUCGAACGGUCACGAACGCUGGUACCCAACCUGCUGAAAGCUUCGGAGCAGGACGCAAUAAGCCAAAGAGAUAUAAGAAUUUUUUACGAUGAUAUAUUUACCGUUAAGAAUUUACGACUCGUGCAUAUCGUAUGCCACGACAAAGGGUCACACAAAUAGUGAGCCUAGGAUUAACGCAGUCGAGGAGAACACCGAACGAAUUCGAGACAUGAAAGAAAUAAUCAAAAUAGCUUUAAAAAUAUCUAUAUAGUAUAAAAACGAUAAUGGUCAUUCCUCGAGUGACGGAUAUACCACUGUAUUUAUUAUAUUAGAAGUUGAAAUUGUUAAUGUUAACUAUUAGUUGAGAAAUUAGCUGAAUAUACAUAUAUACAUUAUAUAUUUAUAUAUGUUAUCGAUUAUGUUGCAAAAUAACAUGUGAUAUUAUACGUUUACUGCCAAGUAAGAGAAUCCUGACUUCGAACUAACGACAGAAAAAAACGCAAUUAUUGCGUAAAACAUGUAUACGUUCGCUAUUAAACCAUCUCCACGUUAAUAGGCACCCGGACGAAUAGCGAAGAAUGAUUAGUCAACGAAGCAUUUGAAAGAGAGAAAAAAAAAAAAACACCUAUGAUCACAUUUACAAAAUGACUAUUCAAAAAUUAUGCGCAGGAAAAAAAAUGAUUAUGUAAAUACGAUCAUAUGCGAGGGAUAUAGAAGAGUAUGAGUAGGUAGGAAAAAGUGGGUGCGGGUUGAAAGAUAAAUCAUCGAUAUUGAAAAGUAUAAAUUUUCACAAACAGCUUUUCACAAAAGAUUCGAUAAAAGUGACCGAGUUCAGGGGUAAAAGAAUUUCAUUAAAGGAAAAACGAUGCGACGAAAUGGGUUGAGAGAACAAAAAAAUGGAGAUAAGAAGGAAGAUGUAAAUAUCAUUGAAACACCCUCUGUUACUUCUACCGUUUGUUUCUUCGAAAAUGAAACUAUAUUUAAAAACUUGCGGAAUAUAUUCGUUCUACUUUCGAAGUGAGGUUCCUCUUGCUCAACGGUGAAACAAUUCUAAACCCAUGACGCGGUGCUGCGAUUACGAUACUGACGAUUAGUUUCUAAACAUAAUGUAUCAUACGAAGAACAGGCUAAAGAGAUGACAAAAACCAUCGCGAUCCGUAUGAAAUAACAAAUUUCAACGAAAUCAUCCGCGACGCGAUUGGAGAUAAUAAAUAAUAAUCCUCUUGUAGCGUUAACAGGGUGCUAAAAAUAACCGGCAGCACAGGGGCCGCCGUAUAAAAGUAUAUAUAUAUAUGUAUAGCGAACUCCGAUAAACGUUCGAAAAACCGAAUCUGAAAUUAGAAGCGUUUAUUCUAACUGGAAAAAAAGUUCUGAUAUUUAUAUUAUUAUACAUGCAAGAAUUGCAGACUUAAAUACUGUGAAUAUUUAAUUGAUAAUGAUCUAAUGAAUAAUUCUAUGUACUCGUUAGUGGAGAUAAACGUUCAAGGUGAUGAUAUCAAUUCUAUUUAUUGUUAUGAAUCGUCGUCGGAAGAACCGAAAAAAAAAAAAAAAAGGUUGGCACCCAUUCGUGCCGCGUGAGACUUCAGCGGUAUUUAUUCUUGCUCUACGCUGUAAUAAAUAUUUAACAAAGAGACUGAUGUAAUUGAGACUAACGAUCUAUUAGACGAGUCUGUUCGGAUGUUCUUUGAGAAAACGUUUAGCACAUCAUUCAACUGAAGAUGCAUGAAUAUGAUCCAUAAUACGUGGGUGACACCGACGUGAUAGAAUGCCCCGGAUAAAUGGUCAAAAUUAAUAUGAUAAAAUUCUCGCCCAGUUGUCAAUGAUCCGAACGAUACUCGGGCAAUUUCGAACAUCGCGAUCCAACGCACUCAUUUUCAUCGAUUCACACGCGAAUCCUACUCCGGUGAAUUCGCUUAUCCGCGCUACCGACCUCUCCAUUUCGCGAAGCAUAUAACUACAUUUAUUAUCCUCCUCUUCUUCUUCUUCUUCUUCUUCUACCGAAUCUAUACUUCUUCCUCUUCUUCCUCUUAUCCUUCUGCUAUACAUACACCGCUGCGAACCGCGCUUCUGACAAUUUUACAUUUCAUUCCCGAUCCCACAUUUUUACCCUCAAAGUCCGUCUCCCCUUCUUUGGUACAUUACAGUCUGCAUGAUCUCCGGUAAAAUCCCGCACUACGUCGAUUAUUCUUAAUUUUCAUUGAAAAGCUACCGACUACCACUUGUGAGUGGAGCCUUGAAGAUACGGAUGAAUAAACGGGAUACCUAUAUUCUCAGUUUAUGUACCGUAAAUAAUUUAAAUUGUAUUUAUAUCACUCCGUGUAACUUUAUAUUGAUUCGAAGUUGCGAAUAACUCUUAUCUUGUAAUGACUUAAGUUUGGCUUUUACGCGGAGACUAGCAUUGCUAAUGGCGUUACUUUGAUAUUAGUCGAAGCCUACGGCCAUCGAUUUAUUCUCGAUUUUCGGACCAAAAAUCAGAAUUAUUCGAACGACCUUAUUGAAAAAAAAAAAUAAAAUAAAGAAAUAAAGCAAACUAAGGGGAUGUUUUAUUAGAGAGGAUAUUCCGGCAACGGAACUCCCGAAAACUUUGAAUCAGUUUCAAAAGUCCGCGAGAGAUCAUGAGAUAAAAAAUAAAAGCGCAAUAUUUUUCGUCUUUAUAUGAUGUAGGUAUAUGAUACAUAGUAUUUUUCCAUUGUGUAUACCUAUAUUAUAUAAUAAAUAUAUAUGCAUACAUACAUGUGUAAUAACCGAUGAAUGUACACGCUGUGACGUAGAUGAAUAUAUUUUAGUUACUCAAAAA